AUGAGCCCUACACCAUUUCAUGCAAAACAACAAGACGACGAUCAAAAGCCACCAAAGAUCAACAAAGACCCCAAUUUCAUCCACCCUUCCCCCGCCGCCGGAUCCUCCACGAACAAUGCCCAACCACCACCACCACCACCUCCCCCACCACCCGUCAUCAUCUACACGCAUUCGCCAAAAGUGAUCCAUACGCACCCACGCGAUUUCAAGGCAUUGGUUCAAAAACUCACCGGAUACACCCCAUCACCGGAGGACACACAACCAACCCAAGAUCAAAGAGGAAAUGAAGAUCAAGGAAAUAUGGAGGAUAAUGAGUCAUCCUCUGUGGUGACGGAAGAGCAUGGCAGCCCGCAGGUGAAUUCUUGUUUUGUUGAUGGUGGCGUUGCCAUUGCACCACCACCACCUUACAAUGUGGCCAGAUUUGAUCCGUAUUUUAAUCCUACACCUGUUUUUCCAGCCAACACGACGAAUUUCUUGUGCACACCAGCUCACAGGCUUCCGUUUUACAAUCCUGAUUCCCUGUUACUGAAUCGAAAUUCGUUUUCUUCCUCAUCUUCGUCAUUGCGUGUCAAAUAUCCAGAUAUUUGAUGUACAUUUCGAAUUUAUUCUUUUUAAUGUAGGCUAAAAUAACAACACCGAUAUUUGUUUGUUUGUUUGUUUGGGAAUUCUUUUUAAGGAAAUAAACAGUUCAGUUUUGGUU